CCUGGCCAAAUGGCAGGGUUCCUAUGAAGUGAUCCGACGAGUGGGGCCAGUCGAUUACGAGGUCAGACUACCUGGUCGACGGAAAGAGACCCGCAUUUAUCACAUUAACCUUCUAAAGGCCUGGAAAACCCGGGAAGCCAUGUUCAUUGGCCCGUCCACCCCAGAUUCGGAACUUGGACCCCUAGCAGGGGACCUUCCCGACCCCGGACCGGCCACACUGGGGUCAGGCCUCAGCCCCAGACAAAGAGGGCAACUACAACGGGUGGUAGAGAAGUUUCCGGACGUUUUAUCGGCCCGCCCGGGCCGGACGACUUUAAUGAGUCAUCAUAUCGCCACCAACCCCGGGAAGAGGGUGACGGAUAACCACCGGCCGUUGCCCAAGAAAAUGUGGGAUACAGUACGACGGGAGGUAGAGACGAUGUUAGAGAUGGGAGUGGUAGAGGAGUCGACGAGCGAGUGGCGAAGCCCUAUCGUCCUAGUUCCGAAACCAGAUGGGACGACUCGGUUUUGCAUUGAUUUCAGGAAGGUCAACGCUAUCUCCCGUUUUGAUGCCUAUCCAAUGCCGAGAGUGGAUGAACUGUUAGAGCGCCUCGGGGGAGCCAAGUACCUGUCAACCCUAGAUUUGACUAAAGGAUAUUGGCAGAUCCCACUGAUGCCAAACUCCCGGGCGAAGACUGCCUUCCCUACGCCUUUCGGCCUCUUCCAGUUCAUAACCAUGCCGUUCGGGUUACACGGAGCCGCAGCCACGUUUCAACGCCUGAUGAACAAGGUCCUCCAACCCCACGACCAAUACGCAGCGGCGUACAUAGAUGAUAUCGUGGUUUACAGCCUCGACUGGGAGAGCCAUUUACACCACCUGGCAGCAGUGUUACAAGCCCUCAGGGCAGCCGGCCUGACAGCUAACCCAGCGAAAUGUCACUUAGGCCAAGAAGAAGUGACCUACCUGGGAUACACGGUAGGAGGGGGGAAACUAACACCCCUGAUUAGCAAGGUACAAGCCCUCAGAGAUGUACCCACCCCCACGACGAAGAAACAAGUGCGUCAGUUUUUGGGAUUAGCUGGGUACUAUCGUCGUUUUGUACCAGAUUUCGCAUCUAUAGCCGCCCCCCUGUCAGACCUAACGAAGAACUCCCAACCUCGACAGGUACAGUGGACUACGCAAUGCGAGCGAGCCUUUAACACACUCAAGGAACGGCUCACUCAAAAACCAGUACUACGACACCCCGACUUCACGAAGGAGUUUAUACUACAAACAGACGCUUCGGAAGUCGGCCUAGGUGCAGUACUCUCCCAGGAAGUAGACGGGGAGGAACACCCAGUACUGUAUUUAAGUCGGAAGCUGUUCCCCCGAGAAAGACACUUCUCAACGACAGAGAAAGAGGCCCUGGCGGUACGGUGGGCUAUCGACGCCCUCCGUUUCUAUCUGCUAGGGAAUAGUUUUAAAUUAAUCACAGAUCACUCCCCUUUGCGAUGGAUCCACAGCAUGAAAGACACGAACGCUAGAAUUAUGCGGUGGUACCUCGCCCUCCAGCCUUACGACUUCCAGGUGCUCCACCGACCGGGUAAGGCCCAUACUAACGCCGAUUUCUUCUCCAGGCUAGGGGAGGAGGGCGAAGAAUCGGACCAAGGAGGGGGAUCCUUAGCGCAGGGGGUGGUCUGCGAGGGGGCAGUCAAGCUCCCAUCCAACUGCCGAGGCCCUAAACAUAACCCGCUGAACCCCAACAUGGAGGCUGAGAAGUUAUUAAAAUGGCUGCUAGAGAAGCAGCAAGAGCAGUCGGCCCAGCAGCACCAGCAGCAGAUGCAAAUGCUGCAGCAGAUGACCACUCAGCAGCAGCUGCUGAUGACUCAGCACCAAGAGAAUCAGCAGCAGCUCCUCCGAGAGUUGGCCACCCAGCAGCGGGUGCAGCAGGAACAUUUGGUGCAACAGAUGGCCGCACUGUUACGGCCGGCAGGAGGCACCCCUGCCGCCCCCAUGGGAACCGGACUGGGGGAUACCCCAGGGGCCCUACCGAUACGCCUCACCAAGAUGGGGCCCGAGGAUGACCCAGAGGCCUAUCUGGUCACAUUUGAACGGGUGGCGACUGCUGCCCGGUGGCCCUCAGAACAUUGGGCCACGUUACUAGCCCCUUAUUUGACGGGGCAGGCUCAGGCCGCAUAUCGGAGCCUCGACCCCCGGGAAGCACUCGAGUACGCCCGAGUCAAGGCGGCCAUCCUAGACCAUACCGGCAUUAGCCCAGAGACCUACCGACAGCGUCUCCGUAAGGAACAAUAUCCUCCGGGGGCCCGACCCCGCGCCGUGGCCCAACGCAUCCGGGACCACUGCUGGAGAUGGUUGGACCCAGAGGGCCUGACGGGACCCCAGGUGGCGGAGCUGGUAGCCUUAGAGCAGUUCACCCAGAUCCUACCCCCGGGAGGGAGGGCCUGGGUGCGACGGCAUCGACCGGCCACCCUCUCCGCAGCAGUGGCCUUAAUGGAGGACUACUUAUCGGCCGAGGGGGCAGAGGCGCCACCCCGAGCAGCCGAGAGCCUUGGUCGCAAGGGCGGCGCAGAGAAGGGGAACUCCCGUGGGGCGGGAGCCUCUGGACCACUGGCAGGCAACAGCCAUCGGCACCAGAUACCCCCCAACCCUGAACCCCGACCCAAGUUAUUACCGAUGGCGACUCGGAGGGAGCGACAGCCCCCGGAGCGAACAGGCCCCCCCGGAGGAGGCCCAAGCCCGGCCGAAACCCGAGAGAGGUGCUGGGGCUGCGGUCAAGAGGGACAUUUCCGGCGAGAUUGCCCUUUUAUGGACUGCAGCUACGGGCAGGCCUGGAUGGCCGGACAACGGGCACGGCAGAAAGGGGUAAGAAAAUUGAUAGUCCCGGUCCAGGUUGAAGGGAACCCCACCAAUGCCCUCGUAGAUUCGGGGUGUAGUCAGACCCUCAUACGAGAGGGGCUGGUCCCGAACCUCAAUCUUUCGGGGCCCCCGAUCUACCUGCAGUGUGUGCAUGGAGACAUCCGCCAGUAUCCCACAGCCUGGGUCAAGAUGGGAGUAGGCGGCCGAGAGGAGGGUCUCCGAGUAGGAGUGGCCCCUAGGCUGGCCUACCCGGUGGUGUUGGGACGAGAUUGGCCCGGCUUCGGAGAGGUCCUCCUAAGAUAUCAGCCACCCAAGCCCCGACCAGACAGGACUAUAGCACCGGGAACGGGGCUGCUUGGGAGCAGGCUAAGGGAUGACCCCGGCGAGGGGACCUCCUCGACGGCGGAGACCCCUGCGAGUUGUCCGGGAGACAGACCCCGUUCGGUGGAGGACGCCCGGGUAGAGUUAGAGCGCGACGGGGACUUCUUACGUGAGCAACGGGAAGACCCAACCUUAAGCCGAGCCUGGGAGCAAGCCACCAACCCGGUCAUUGAGGGGGACGGGACGCAACGGAUUCCGCAGGGCCCCCGCUUUGAGGUAUGGCAGGAUCGCCUGUACCGAAUAGCGCAGGAACCCCAGACCCGGGAGACGUUCCGUCAGCUGUUGGUCCCCCGGAGACUGCGAGCCGGUCUCCUCCACUUAGCCCACGCGAACCCUUGGGCUGGACACCUCGGACGCGAGAAGACCCUACAGAGGGUGGCCCGCCGGUUUUUCUGGCCAGGCAUCCACCGGGAAGUGGCAGACUUUUGCGCCUCGUGCCCAGAAUGCCAGCGAGCCGGACCGAAAGGGGUAGCUCCUGCACCCCUGGUACCCAUGCCAGUCGUGGGGGUACCCUUUGAACGGAUCGGGAUGGACCUCGUCGGCCCCCUUGAGCGAAGCAAGACAGGGAACCGCUUUAUACUAGUAGUCGUGGACUACGCCACACGCUAUCCCGAAGCCGUUCCCCUAAAGACAGCGACGGCACCGACCAUUGCGGGUGAACUGGUAAAGAUUUUCGCCCGGGUGGGGAUACCCGGUGAAAUAUUGACAGACCAGGGCACCAAUGUGUCCUCCAAGUUAAUAGCUGAGCUAUGUCGCCUCCUCCAUAUCCGGACCCUCCGGACAUCGGUGUACCACCCGCAGACCGAUGGCUUGGUAGAGCGGUUCAAUGGUACACUAAAAGCCAUGUUGCGGAAGUUUGUGGAGGAGGACCCCUCACAUUGGGACACCUUGUUGCCGGCCCUGUUGUUCGCAAUAAGAGAGGUACCACAGGCCUCGACGGGGUUCUCGCCCUUCGAGCUCCUAUACGGCAGGCAGCCCAGAGGAAUACUGGACCUCCUGAAGGAGGAGUGGGAAGCACAGGAAACACGGGUCCUUGGGACCACACAAUACGUGCUACAGCUCCGGGAGCGACUCCAAACGUUAGGGGCCUUCGCCCGUGAAAACCUGGAACGGGCCCAGGCAGGUCAGGAGCGCCUCUAUAAUCGAAGGGCUAGAGGGAGGAAGUUCGCCCCAGGCGAUAGGGUGUUGCUGUUACUGCCCUCUUCCGAGUCGAAGCUCCUGGCCAAAUGGCAGGGUCCCUACGAAGUGAUCCGACGAGUGGGACCAGUCGAUUACGAGGUCAGACUACCUGGUCGACGCAAAGAGACCCGUAUUUACCAUAUUAAUCUCCUAAAGGCCUGGAAGACCCGGGAAGCCAUGUUCAUCGGCCCGUCCACCCCAGAGUCGGAACUUGGACCCCUAGCAGGAGAUCUUCCCGACCCCGGACCGGCUGUGGUGGGGUCAGGCCUCAACCCCAGACAGAGAGGACAACUGCAACAGAUGGUGGAGAAGUUCUCAGAUGUAUUAUCGGCCCGCCCAGGCCGGACGACCCUAAUGAGUCAUCAUAUUGCCACAGACCCCGGGAAGAGAGUGACGGACAACCAUCGACCGUUACCCAAGAAAAUGUGGGACACCGUCCGGCGGGAGGUGGAGACUAUGUUGGAGAUGGGAGUGGUAGAAGAAUCGACGAGUGAGUGGCGAAGCCCUAUCGUCUUAGUACCGAAACCAGAUGGGGCGACCCGGUUUUGCAUCGACUUCAGAAAGGUCAACGCUAUCUCUCGUUUUGAUGCCUAUCCAAUGCCGAGAGUGGAUGAACUGUUAGAGCGCCUCGGAGGAGCCAAGUACCUGUCAACUUUAGAUUUAACUAAAGGAUAUUGGCAGAUCCCACUGACGCCAAACUCCCGAGCGAAGACGGCCUUCCCUACGCCUUUCGGCCUCUUCCAGUUCGUAACCAUGCCGUUCGGCUUGCACGGAGCCGCAGCCACGUUCCAACGCCUGAUGAACAAGGUCCUCCAGCCCCACGACCAAUACGCGGCGGCGUACAUCGACGAUAUCGUGGUUUAUAGCCUUGACUGGGAGAGCCAUUUACACCACCUGGCAGCAGUACUACAAGCCCUCAGAGCGGCCGGCCUAACAGCUAACCCGGCGAAAUGUCACUUAGGCCAAGAAGAAGUGACCUACCUGGGAUACACGGUAGGAGGGGGGAAACUAACACCCCUGAUUAGCAAGGUACAAGCCCUCAGAGAUGUACCCACCCCCACGACGAAGAAACAAGUGCGUCAGUUCUUGGGAUUAGCUGGGUACUAUCGUCGUUUUGUACCAGACUUCGCAUCCAUAGCCGCCCCCCUGUCAGACCUAACGAAGAACUCCCAGCCUCGACAGGUACAGUGGACUACACAAUGCGAGCGAGCCUUUAACACACUCAAGGAACGGCUCACUCAAGAACCAGUACUACGACACCCCGACUUCACGAAGGAGUUUAUACUACAAACAGACGCUUCGGAAGUCGGCCUAGGCGCAGUACUCUCCCAGGAAGUAGACGGGGAGGAACACCCAGUACUGUAUUUAAGUCGGAAGCUGUUCCCCCGAGAAAGACACUUCUCAACGAUAGAGAAAGAGGCCCUGGCGGUACGGUGGGCUAUCGACGCCCUCCGUUACUACCUGCUAGGGAAUAGUUUUAAAUUAAUCACAGAUCACGCCCCUUUGCGAUGGAUCCACAGCAUGAAAGACACGAAUGCUAGAAUUAUGCGGUGGUACCUCGCCCUCCAGCCUUACGACUUCCAGGUGCUACACCGACCGGGUAAGGCCCAUACUAACGCCGAUUUCUUCUCCAGGCUAGGGGAGGAGGGCGAAGAAUCGGGUCAAGGAGGGGGAUCCUUAGCGCAGGGGGUGGUCUGCAAGGGGGCAGUUAAGCUCCCAUCCAACUGCCGAGGCCCUAAACAGUUAGCCCUGACGGCAGAGGAUCCGUCACGCUUGUACGGGGUGUGUCUCAAAUGCACAGAGAGUGCGAGAGGAGGGAACAUACCCCAGCCUAGGCAGACGGCCGUGGGAGGAGAACCCUUGCGGGAAGCCCCGGUGGAGGACCAGCCCACACUCCUGGAACCGCCGAGGACUGCGACUUCUCCAGGUCGAGAGGGAGCCUCACUGUGGGAGGGACCAGCCGAGGCGGUGGACCACGAGACCCGUGGAGAAUCAGGAGACCCGUGGGACACUCCAGCAGCGGAACAGAUAGGAGGCAGCUUAAGGGAAGAGACGGACUGGUACGUCGGACCCGGUAAGCCUCAGCGUGUUUCGGUGGGACCCCCCCGCUGAGACGGUGGAUAAGCCGGGUUGCCCGUUGGCAAAGACUAAUUUCCGGGACUUUGGGGCCAGUAGGCCAUAAGGCCCAGUGACAAGGGCUAAGUUUCUAGACUUUGAGCCGGUAAGCCGAGCCACUGCGGGACAAAGGUUGCUUUACGUGCUCUAGGCCAUUAGGCUGGU